CUUCCUAGACCUUUUGAUACCGGUCUGGGUAAUAACUUUACGACUUCUUCUUGUCCUGUUUUCUUCAAGGAUUUUCUUAAUGACGAUACUUUUAAUUCAUGUGUUCCUCUAUCUCUUCUUUUACAGACAUCUACUUCUUUCUUUAAUGUCCAACGCUCACCAGUCAGACUGGCCCAAACGCUCGCGGCAUCAUGCAGUGUGAACUUCUCCGGCUGUAGCACCUUAAUGGCCUCUCUAGCCCGACAGAUCCAAUCACCAGAAAACUGUGCCCCAGACCUUGCGAAUCAGAACCCUAUGGCUAUGCAAGCUUAUGAUGGCUUUGUGGCCUAUCAAUCCCUUUAUCAUGCCGGUUGUCUGUUGAAUACCGAUACUGGCGGUUAUUGCUUUUCAGAUGCAAUAAACGCGACUUCGCCAACAGAUAGCUAUAUCUACUACCUUCCCCUAGGCGUCUCAUUACCAGGCACCACAGCACCGAGUUGUUCGAAUUGCUUGAGGAACACAAUGUCGGUGUUUGCGAGCGCGGCUACCAAUCGUUCACAACCUGUUGCAGGUGUUUAUGCUCAAGCGGCUUCGAUGAUUGACGGGACUUGCGGGGCUACGUUU